AUGAUGAAGUCAGCAGGAGAGAGACGGGACUAUGGUGGAUCCUCUGGGGAGACUCAACAACACCAUGAUGCUGAAGAGGCAGAGAAGAGUCUCUCCACAUCAGAACACCUCAAGAAACACCAGUGGAGACCCACAGGGAAGAAAUCUCACUCCUGCUCUGACUGUGGGAAGAGAUUCACCUCCUCAUCAGGCAUUAAAAUUCAUCAGAGAAUCCACACAGGAGAGAAACCUUAUAGCUGUGAUCAAUGUGGGAAGAGUUUUUCUACUUCUGGCUAUCGGACAGUGCACCAGAGAACACACACAGGAGAUAAACCUUAUAGCUGUUAUCAAUGUGGGAUGAGUUUUGCUGCAUCUAGUGAUCUGACAGUGCACCGGAGAACACACACUGGAGAGAAACCAUAUAGCUGUGAUCAAUGUGGGAAGAGGUUUACUAAAUCUGGCUCUCUGACUUUACACCAGAGAACACACACAGGAGAGAAACCUUAUACCUGUGAUCAAUGUGGGAAGAGUUUUACUACAUCUGGCUCUCUGACUUUACACCAGAGAACACACACAGGAGAGAAACCUUAUAGCUGUGAUCAAUGUGGGAAGAGUUUUACUACAUCUGUCUCUCUGACUUUACACCAGAGAACACACACAGGAGAGAAACCUUAUAGCUGUGAUCAAUGUGGGAAGAGUUUUUGUCAAUCUGGCCAACUGACAGUGCACCAGAGAACACACACAGGAGAGAAACCUUAUAGCUGUGAUCAAUGUGGGAAGAGUUUUGCUACUUCUGGCUAUCUGACAGUGCACCAGAGAAUAUACACAGGAGAUAAACCUUAUAGCUGUGAUCAAUGUGGGAAGAGUUUUGCUGCAUCUAGCUCUCUGACAGUGCACCAGAGAACACACACAGGAGAGCCAAUGUAUAGCUGUGACCAGAGAUAAUCUGAUAAAAGAUCUCUGACUAAUCAUCAGAAAAUACAUGAAGGAGUUGUUUCAUGAUAUCAAUUAAAUGAUGUCACAAUGUAGAAUGUUGUAGUAGGAGUAUUCUAAUGAUGUCACAAUGUAGAAUGUUUUAACAUUGUAGUAGGAGUAUUUUAAUGAUGUCACAACGUAGAACCCUAAAUGUUUGUCCCCUGUUCUAUUGAUUUCAACAUGAUAUGGAUAUUAGCCUCAGGGGGAAAAUCCAGGCUCUGAAUUGAAAGAGUACUAUUUAUGAGAUUUAGUAAGUACACAUUAUUCCCAGAUUCUGUGUGGUUUUUGAGCUGUUAGUUUUAACAGGACGUGCAACCUCAUCUCCCUCCUGUCACAUAAAUGAUUUUAGCAUGAAAUCGAUUAGUUAUGACAAAUAAGUGUUGCGUUCCUUUGUUUAGCGACCCCUACAUUUAAAUGCAUUCCAACAUCACGUACAACCUGAUUUCCCCCCUAAUCGAUAUCAGUUAUUUAUUGCUACUUGUCAAAACAGCGUUUUUGGUGCUUGUGCAGUUUUUAUAAGGAGCUUGUUUAAAAAAAUACAAGAAAUAUGAUUAUUGUGGCAGAUGUUUGUGUAAAUAGCACAUGUUAUGUUUAGGUUUUCAAUUUAUCCCAAACUGUUUCUGCUUAUUGGUUAUUGAUUUGGACACGUUAAAACUGUGUUUUGACAUUGAGGCUAUCCCACCUAGCAAAAUGUAAUUGAAAAGAUGUUGAAAAUAAGACUAUGCAAUCAAAUAUUUUUUAAACAUUUUUUAUUAUACCAUGCCUUACCAUUAAGGGAAUUAUUGACAAUACAUAUUAUCAAAGGGGUGUACAUUUGGUUUUGGUAAUUCAUGUUUACAACUCAUAUAACUUUUAGUAAUCAUAAUUAUUUAUGCAAUCAACUGACAAUUUUCGGGUAUAAAUAUAUUGACAUUGUUGCCCUGUUUUUAGAAUAGCAGGGUUCAUUCUCAGAUGUGCCAACCCAAAUGUACUAGAGCAUGACAUUGGGGACUGGGCCCCGAUCCAACAACAUGCCUAUCGAGUGAUCCCUGUAAAGAGAGAAGCUCCGCAGUGAGGUGGAAAGUUACUACGGAUAUUGCAGGAGUUUCCUCUUGAAAUCAGACAUGUCCGUGGUGAGAACAACCUGGUUGCUGAUUGUCUCAAGGGGGGCAGUCAAAAAGAUUUGUGUUUUGUGUUUAGCCAGUGAGUUGCCAUGGAUCACAAUUUAUUUUGACUGCACGUUUUUCCGUAUUGGAGAUGAGUUUAGUUUGGGCUCGUUCCAAGGGGACGAGAGUUCUAGAAGCUUGUGAGUUUUAGGAAGACGAGAGUUCUAGAAGCUUGUGAGUUUUAGGAAGACGAGAGUUCUAGAAGGGAAAAAAUAAUAGUUUAGGAAUCUAUAGAAAGAAAAAGG